AUGCAGGAUUCCUACGAUCCAGAGGAUGAUCUUCCGUUGUGCAUCCGGCACCAGAAGACCUUUAAUGCAAUCGCCCUGCUCCUGUAUGUUGCGCUCGGUGUGAGUAUGCUGUCUUUGUACGAGCAGUGGAGUUUCGUGACUAGCUUCUACGUUAUUGUCCAGAUUGUCACAACCGUGGGCUACGGAGACAUUGCGCCAAGCCGCAGCGGAGAGCUCUUCUUAGCAUUCUAUGUCAUGCUGGGGACCGUCCUGGUCGCAAGCAUUCUGAACAGUUUGAUUGAGUCGAUCGUGGAGGCUUCACAAGCAGAACUGGCGGAUUCGCUGAAGGAAACGAGAGACAGCGUUGUCAGGAGCAUCAGCCGGAACAAGAUUUUCAGCUCCAAAGUGUUAUCCAUGUACUGGAAGCGAACUCCUGUUGCCAACCUGGUGAGGUCUGCAGUUGUGUACCUCCUAUUCCUUGCUGGUUGGGUAGCAUUCUUUGCUCUCUACGAGCGCUGCUCCUGCUCCUAUGGAGCCACCCGUGUGGAGGGAUGCCUGGAUGGAGACAACUGCACUGAAACUGGUGGUGUGCAGCUAUCUUUUGAAGAUGCAUUCUACAUGGGGGUCAUCACCUUUUCGACGGUGGGCUUUGGGGACUUUAGCCCGAAGUCUGAGCUCGGAAGGAUCUUCGGGUCAAUAUGGAUGAUCCUUGGGAUUAUAACCUUUGGCAACAUGGUCAGCAAUGUCCCUGGGCAUAUUCAGCAAGUCAUGUGUCGAGACCGGCCUCAACUUGUAAACCCUCAAUAA